CCUAUCAGAGCCGACAUGGAGCGUCCCGAGAGAAGACUGCCUGUAGCAUUCCUCUUCCUUCUGCCCAUUCUGUCCGUCAGCUGUGUCUCCAAUUCAAAAACUACAGUCUCCUGGUGCGUGUUGUCUGAUGCUGAGGAGCAGAAGUGUCUGGAUUUAGCCCGGAACGCCACAGCUCGGAAUAUUAGAGGAAAUUUGGAAUGCGUCCGUGGCCUGAACACCAGAGAUUGUAUAGACAAAAUCAAGAAUGGGACAGCAGAUGCAGCCUCCAUGUUUGCAGAUGACAUCUACGCUGCUGGCCUCUGCCAAGGCCUGGAGCUGGCUGCAGGAGAGUCCCACAACGGAGUGGAUGGUGUUAGUUACUACGUAGUGGCGAUGGCACGUCGCUCCUCCUCAGACCUGUCCCUGCUGGAGAUGCAUGAACGCAGCUCCUGUCACCCUGGCAUACGGACCACAGUGGGGUGGACUGUUCCUAUUGGCUACCUGGUCAACACCUCCCAGGUCAGCGUAGGGGAGCAGUGCAACUUCCCCAGAGCUGUUGGCAACUUCUUUGGUUACAGCUGCGUGCCGGGUGUUAAAGACGCACAGCAUGACCCGAGAGGCAAUAACCCCAAGAACCUGUGCGAGGCCUGCAUAGGAGACGAGAACGACAGACACAUCUGUGCCAACAACCACAGAGAGAGACACUACGGAGAGGCAGGGGCGCUGAGGUGUGUGGCGGAGAACCUCGGGGAUGUGGCCUUUGUCAAACACACAACGGUCUUUGAAAACAUGGACGGUAAGAACCAGGAGUCCUGGGCUCUGGAUCUGGAGCUGGAGGACUUGAAGCUGCUUUGCCCUGAUGGAACUGAGGCGGGUUUGGAUGAGUUUGAGCGAUGCCACCUGGCCGCUGUCCCUGCUAACGCUGUGGUGGUGCGCAUGGAGGACAAGUGCCGCGUCUGGAAGUACCUGGAACGUUUACAGAAUGCAUUUGGCAAUGCCACCGAGGGCUUCCGCCUGUUCAGCUCAGCAGGCUAUGGCGAAUCCGAUCUGCUCUUCAGUGAUGCCACCCACCACCUGCAGAGGGUUCUGGGUAGCUACACCUCUUGGCUGGGCCCCACUUAUACCACCGCGCUGCAAGCCUUCGAGUGUGAGGGCUUCUGCUGAUGGAGCAGGAGGAAGACAUCCCGCACAUCAACUUCCAUCCCAUCCCUCUGUCUCUGUCCUCCCCUUCUGCCUUCCCUCACCGCCAUCUGUGUUCUUCUGCCACUCUGUCUCGCCAUCUCGCAUCCUCUUUGCUUUGCGUCAUGUGUUUGUUUCCUCCCUGCAUUUCACUAGAUUCUUUAUUAUUAUGUCCUCGUCCUUCCUCAACCUAGUGCUUCACUUUAGAGUGCUGGCUGGCAGGGUAGGUCAUCACAACUCAAUCACCAGAAUAAAUGUUGGCACU